UUUCAUUCGUUUUUCUGUCUGCCCCCAAAAGUCGUUCUCGGGCAACGCCAGAGAGAAAUCUUACUAAACCCUCCCCUGCAGAAACCCUAAAAUCUCUCAGAUCGGAUAUGGCCUCCUCCAAAGAACGCGACAACUUUGUCUACGUCGCCAAGCUUGCCGAACAGGCCGAGCGCUACGAUGAGAUGGUUGAUUCGAUGAAGAAGGUUGCGGAACUUGACGUUGAAUUGACUGUUGAAGAGAGAAAUCUACUCUCUGUGGGAUACAAAAACGUGAUCGGUGCACGGAGAGCUUCAUGGAGGAUUCUGUCAUCGAUCGAGCAGAAGGAAGAAUCGAGAGGGAACGAACAGAACGCUAAGCGGAUCAAGGAGUAUCGGCAGAAGGUUGAGUUGGAGCUUACAAACAUUUGUAACGAUAUCAUGGCUUUGAUCGAUGGGCAUCUCAUUCCUUCAUGUUCAGCCGGAGAAUCGACUGUGUUUUACUACAAAAUGAAAGGGGAUUACUAUCGGUAUCUUGCGGAGUUCAAGUCUGGUAAUGAGAGAAAAGAGGUUGCUGAUCAUUCACUAAAAGCAUAUGAGAUGGCUACCAAAGCUGCAGAGGCUGAUUUGCCUCCCACGCAUCCUAUCCGAUUGGGUUUGGCUUUAAAUUUCUCAGUCUUCUAUUACGAGAUUAUGAAUUCACCUGAAAGAGCCUGCCACCUCGCAAAGCAAGCAUUUGAUGAAGCAAUCUCUGAGCUUGAUACCCUGAACGAGGAGUCCUACAAAGAUAGCACCUUAAUUAUGCAACUCCUUAGGGACAACCUCACCUUGUGGACUUCGGACAUUCCGGAGGAGGGAGAAGAUGCCCAUAGAAUGGAUGCAGCCUCCAAAGCUGGUGCUAGUGAGGAUGCAGAGGGAGGCAGAUAGAGCUUUAGCACCUGCAUAUUUGUAUUCGGGGAGGAUGAGGCCUUACACCCUGGGAUAUUUGUGUUCAGUUAUAAUAGAUUUUUUUUGGGGGAUUAUCUUUAUCUUAUCAUGUUAUAAUGUGUUUUAUUAUUAUAAGCUUGGCAUCUGUUUUGCAUCCCCAAGCCUUUUACUCUUCAGUAGUGCGUGGAGUUCAGAGGAUUGGUUUGGUUGCUCUAGGUGGUUUAACAUUUUGCAAUGACUAUCCAGAUUGAGAGUUUAUACCUUUUUUUUUUUGUUUUUCUCUAGAGCUUUAUAUAUUUCAUAUUUACUUUC